AGAGGCCCCAGGGGAAGGAGGGACAGCUGGUGAUGGCCCAGACCCUGACUGGGGCCUCUGGGUGCGACAGGGUGGGGGGUCAAGCUGGGCGCCGCUGAGAAGAGAUGCUAGCAAGGCCAGUUUGUCAGUGCCGGCUGCCACGCAGUUCUGAGGGCCCCAGUAGAAGCGAAUGGGGUGGGGCUGGAGAAGCGACCUUGGGGAUGGGCUGCACUUGCUAGCUUCGUUCGAGGAGGCCCCAAAGUGCACUGUUCGGGUUCACUCGGGGGCCAAUUCCUCCCAUUUCUAGGGAUUUCGAUUUCUUGGGAUCAGACCAAAGGUGAUGGUGCAGCGCUGCAGCCUCUAUCGCUUGCCACUUGUUCUUGCAGCCAGCAGAGUCUACUGUGACCCAAGGAGAAUCCUUCCCUGCAGGAAUUCAUUCCCCAUCCAACCUAACAGCAGCCCGGACCCUUUCACCUGCCUUCUCGGGAUUUGGGAAAGGGACUAGGAACUGCCUGGCCUGGGGCCUGUCAGGGAAAUGGAGUUUUUCCACAACCUGCUACUCUUCCAGUGGACCAGGAAUCCUAUGAUAUUGGGCUAAAUUCCAUCCUCAGUCCUGGUAAAAGGGAGCCAGGAGCUCAACUGGAAAAUUGGGAUUUAGGAGGUUCAGACCUUGACUUCGGUCCCAAGAGCGGGAUGGGGGAGCUGGGAAGGAGUGCGCUCUGCAUGCCUGCCCCUCCUUCCUGGGAAGGGGACCCCCGGCCCUGCCUCCGCCCUCACCCCACCACCACCACCACCCCCAGACCCGCCCCCGCCGCCGCCCGGCCCCGUGCAGGCUGUGGUAAUCGGGUUAGCGGCGCCGGAAUUGCAUUACCUUCCCCAGCCCGGCCGGGCCCCGGGGGGGCCUGGCGCCUUCGAGCCGGUCAGACAGGGAGCGGGGAGGGGGUGCAACUCCUUCUCCCAGUGGACCCCUGUCGUCUCCCCAGGGUCUUCUCCCCCAUCUUGCACUCCUGGCCUCAGGCUACUUGCCUUCCCCAGAGGGGCUGGACAUCGUCCCUGUACGGUUCCCCAUCCUUCCGACCAUCUAGGGUUAGACGCUGGGUCCCUUGGAUUCGGAUCCCCCAUUUUCAGAGAGAUUUGGUUCCAUCCCGGUGGCACAGAGUGGGCACUCAGGAAGCCCGGAGGGCGGGGGUGGGGAAUUGAUUGACUGAUUAGUUCAUGGCAACCCUUCCUCCUCCCUUCCCAGCAGAUGGGCCAGCAGCCGGGGCGCCUGGGGCUGAACAGAGAGGGCAGAGGCUUCUUCUCUCCCCGGAUCCAUCAGCUCUUUUCAGCGUCUGGUACAGAAAAAAAGCUGGGAUGGGGAGAGUUCCCUGAAUUCCUGGCUGCCAGUCCCACCCCACUGCUGCAAUCAAUACCCACUCUGUUAUACCAAUAAUUUACAUUUCUUUGGCACUUUAAGUUAACAAGGGAUGUUUGUACUACGACUGAGAUGAGGAAACUAAGACUCGGAGGAGGAAGUGGCAGGGUUUGAGCAGGUUCUGAUAGGAACCUAAGAUUUAAUGCAGAAUGGAUCCAAUCACCUAAUGUCUGAGGAAAUCGGGAUGGGUUUAAUCCUUGUGUGUUUCCUGGUAGAAGAGUCCCAUUUGUAGAGCCCUUAAGUGUAGUGUUUAAGAGGAAGGAGAAAGAGAGCUGAGGUAGGCUCUAGGAUUGACUCUCCUAGAACAGGGAUCAGGGAUGACAAAAGGGUAGCUAAUAACAAUAUUUCCUUCCCAUGAGCCAGUUCUUCUGUAAUCCAAUGCCUCUUUGCUCUUUCUUGUCCCCUCACUAUGCCUUUUAAACCUUCCAAGCCCCAGAAAAUGUUCCAAAUUCCUCUUUCCUUCUUGGCUGCCUGGAAAGAGAAAUCAGUCUCACAAGUGACUCCCAACUCAUUUUGACUAAGGAACCCAGGGAAUGUGGAACUGAUUGGGGGAAGGCAUCAACAGACAAGGAGAAAUGAGAAAAACCAUGGAUGGGGAAAGCAGCAGCAGGAGGAACUGUAUGUAACAAACCAAGCAGGGCUGCCCCUCUAUCCAUUCAUGCUGACUCACUUACACAUGACCCUCCUGCCUAGGUAGUUUUUCAUCCUUUUGACCCUCUUAAUUCCCCAUUGGGCUGUUCAGGGCCUUAUAUACUUAAGCUCACAAUCCUCAUAUGUAUCCCUCUACUCAGUAAAUGAUCUCAUCUCCUAUAUCCCAGAGAAGAUGGAGAUCGUCCAGUGGCAGCCCCCUGGGCUGAUUGUUUUGUCUCCCUGAGCUCUUAUCUUCGUCUAAAAAUGCCACUUUCAUCCCCACAUUAUCCUCUUUCCUGUCUCAGAAGUAUGAGCGCCUCUCUGUCAGUGAUAACCUGUGCUUUGAGUCACUUCAUCUUGAAACUUCUUCCCACAUUUAUCUUCUCCCUUAACAAUUUCAUUCUCUCCUCCUCCACUGGCUUCAUCCCCUUUGCUAACACAUUUCAUAUCUCUGCCAGUCUUGCUACUUCUCAUGUGGCAUACAAUUUUCUCUUUAUCCUCACUGUCUUUCCUUCCUUUGACUGUCCCCUGACCACUGGCCUGGGAGUCUGGGAAGCUGCAUUUGUAUCACAACUCUGACACUAGGUGACACUGGAAAAGGCCUGAUCCGUCAUUUGCUUCUUCAUCUUCCUCUUUGUCCCAAUUGCCAUCACCUCAGUUCAGACUCUUAAUCAUUUUAUUGGAUUUUUAAGUAGUCUAUGAAUUAGAUCCUCUACUUCAGGUCUUUCCUCCAGCCAGAGUUAGCUUUCAAAGGUAUAGCUUUGACCACAACACUUUGCAAUUCACCAUACCUACAGGAUAAAGUAGUCUGGCCUUCAGGACCCUAUAAAAUCUUGCACCAAACCCCCUUUCCAAAUGUAUCUCACCUCCAGAUUUAAGCUUGGUCUCAGAGACAUUUACUGGCGAUGUGAUGAAGUUAUUUAAUCUUUCUGCUUCAGUUUCUUCAUUUGUAAAUUGAGGAUAAUACUUGUACUUCCUAGGGUACAAGAUUGUCUUGAGGAAAGUGCUUUAUUUUGAACUCUUACUUUUUGUCUUAGAAUCAAUAUCUUUUUCAAGGCAGAAGAAUAAUAAGGGCUAGGCAAUGGGGGUUAAGUGACUUGCCCAGGGUCACACAGCUAGGAAGUAUCUGAGAUCAGAUCUGAAUCCAGUUUCUCUUGUCUCUGGGCCUGGUUCUCUAUCUGUGAGCCACCUAGUUGCCUCUGAGGAAAACCCUUUGUAAUUCUUAAAGUGCUAUAGGAAUGUGAACUUACAAAUGAUGAGUGGCCACUGUUCCUACUUUCUCAACAUCUUUUGAGUUCUAAAACUUUUUGUAAUCUGGUUUCCAUCCUGCCUAUCCUCCCCAGUCUGUGAAACAGCUCCCUAAAAGCUACCUGCUAAGGGCUUCUCUCUCUUUGACCUUUCACCAGUCUGUUUUUCCCCUAAUUCAAAAAAGUAUUGCUUUUUCAUCACCUUCAUUCCCAAACACAUCCAUCUCCCCCUCCUCCCUAGUGAAUCUCCUUAAAUGAUCAUACCAAUUGUAUCAGAUAAUACAUUCAGUGUUCCCUUCUUGGGGAGAAAAAAAAGUUACAUUUUUUCACCUGUUUCCUGCGGCCAAACUGAGUCAUUAUAAUUACAUGGUGUUCGAUUUCUUUUUUGUUCCUUUCAUUCAUAUUGAAGACAUCAUGUAUAUUCUUCACGUGGUUGUACAUAUUUUAUCCUCCAUCAGAAUUUAUGUUCCAGCUUCUAUGAAUUCUUGUUUCUCACCAUGCAAUUAUAUUCCAUUGCUUUCAGGUUCAGCUGUUCCCCAACUGGCAGACAUCAUCUUCCAUGCCUUCUUUUUUGUUCCCACAAAAAGGACUAUGAAUCUAGUGAAUAUGGAGACAUUCUGUCUUUUACCUCCUUGGGAUUUGCCUUCUUGGGAUGCCUUUCAAGGGAAUCCUUGCAUGAAAGGGAAUAGAUAUUUUAGUCGCUUUUUAAAAACUGGAUUUCAGAUUGCUUUCCAGAAUGGUUAGAACCAAUUCAUAUCUCCACCAUGUAUUGAUGUGCCUAUCUCUCCACUUCCCCUCCAUCAUUGCCUAUUGCCACUUUUUCUCAUCUUUGCCACUUUGCCAUUCAGCAACAUAAGAAAAUGUUAUAUUGAUACUGUUCUCACUGACCCUUCCCUACCACUACCAAUAGAACCCAGUGAUUCAGAACAACCAAACAAAACAAAUCAACAUGGUAUGUCUGCAAAUACAUGGCUUAUUAUGGAUCUCUAGUCACCUCUUUCCUAAGAGACAGAAGGCAUGGUUUACCAUAGAUCUUUGGAAGUUAGGCUUGAUCAUUGCAUUGAUCAUAUCAAUGAAGUCUUUUAAUGUUUUCUGAUAGUGGGUUUGGACCCUGUUUGUCACCUACCUCCUCUCUGAAAUUUGACUUUCCAAGUAUUUCACCUAGUUUUCCUCCUAUUUCUAUGAAUGUUCCUAUUAUGCCUAACCCUGCUCUUUUCUGUCCGGCUACUCCCAGAACUUAUCCAGUCACCUGGAGUUAACUAUAUCUCUGUGCUAAUGACAUGAACCUCUCUUCUUAGUUACAUAUCUAUAUUUCCAACUGCCUGUUGGACAUCUUUGCCUGGUUGUCCCUUUGGCACCUCAAACUCAAAAUAACCUCAACUGAACUCACAGCUUCCAUCCUCCAAAUCCACUCUCCAUGCUUCCAACUUCCUAAUUUAUCUGCUAUUUACCAGGCUCAAAACUUCAGUGUCUCAGUUUUUUCUCCUUUCUAAUCUGUUGCUGUGGCAUCUUUUCCUUUAAAAUUGCUCUCAGAUUUGGUCAUUCCUCUGCAAUUAUGCAGCAAACACCCUUCUAAUCCUUCCUCUUCCCCACCUCCCACCCCCAACUCUUUCUCUCUUCCUUUCUUGAACUAUUGUUAACACCUUCCAAAUGGUUUUCCUGCUCCUAGUCUCCUCUCCACCCCCCAAAACAUCUUGAAACAUGAUUUCAUAAAAAACUACCAACAGUUCCCUAAACUGCCAGCAAAACUUGAGAUUCGAGGUUCUUACUAUCUGACCUGUUUCUGCCUUUCUAGAUUUGCCUCCAUGAUUCUCCUCUGUGGUACUUCUACCCUAUCAGAAGAGAUCAUAUUUAAAAAGUGUUUAGUCCUAUGUCUGGCACAUAGUAGGCACUUGAUGUGUGUUUUACCUUGCCUGCUCUUCUUUUUAGUCCCUGCAUACUUCAUGCAGACAGUUAAUGGUAUUGAUGAGAUGGGCUCAUGAGCAGUCAUGUGAUGCUUUAUAGUUCCCAAAGCACUGUUUCAUUGCCCUGCCUUAUGAAGUGUGUGGGGGGGUAAGUAUGACUCCACUCCUUGACACAUGUGUGAUAUCAUCACUUCGACACUGUCUAUACAUACUGCAAAGAUUUCACCACCUAUAAGCUUGAAUGAUUUUCCAAUUUCUGUGGCUCCUCUGGUGUUGAUCCUCCAGGCACCCAGCUAAGCUGGUCUGUAGCAUGCUUGUCUAAAAGUGGUUCUCAAAAUCUCAUCAGUUGAAUAUGAUAGAAAAAGCAAUGUUCCAUGCCAAUUGGCCCUCAUUUCUGUUUUGUUGGAGACACAUUUUGGACUUAGUGUCUUUCCAACUUGGUAAGACCUAUCAGAUUUCUCUGUCUUUUGAGAAUCCAAAGUUACUUCCACAUUAAAAAAAAAAAUUUCAACUAGUCUUAGUAAAAAAGUUAAGAUCAAUCAUAUUUUAAUUAAGUGCCUAUUAUAUUCUAGGCCCUGUAUACACUCACACAUUUGUAUGUACGUUUACCAAACAAAUAUGAAGCAGAUAGUAAUCUUGGAAAGGAAAGCUCUAGCAAAUGAAAAGAAUCAGGAAAGGCCUCAUGUCAUCUAAGCUGAGGAAAUGAGGGAUCCCAAAAUGCAACUGUGGGCAUGGAAUAUCCCAUGCAAAGGCCUGGAGAUGAUGGAAAAUGGAGUAUAUGAGGAAUAGCAGGAAAGUCAUAUAGUUGAAUUAUAGAUUCCUUAGAGAAGAGUAAUCUGUAAUAAGUUUGAAAAGGAGAGUUUAAAGUGUCCCUAAGAAAUGUAAAGAAUGACAUUUUCCACAGGCAGUAUUUCUUAAUUUUAAGUUAAUUUAUUAACUGAUCAUUCAAGACAACCUAGACUAGCCAGUCCACAAUCCAAUUGAAGAGAAUAAGCAGGACAGAAGACAGCUUAACAAAAGAGCCCAAGCGGCCAGAAGAGAGAACCCCAGGAACCUUCUGGAGCACCCCAAUAAAUGCUCUUUGUGACCUCAUCAAUCAAUCCUUCCCUUAGACAUCUCAAGACAGUUCUGGUUGGUAAAAAGCCACUGAGAAGGUGGGCUGAGAGAUCCCAACCCCUCAUUACUUCUUCACAGGAAGAGGCAGGUCUUAAGGACACCAACAGGCCCUUUCCUCCCUGCCACUAUAAUCCAAAAUGGCAGCUAGAGCUUGUUGAUUUCUUUACCUAAUCUCUAAAGUGUGUCAAAUGGCUGCUUGGCCCUACCCUAACUCCUGUUCUUCUUUUAGGAUAUAAACAAAGGGAGGACCUAACCCAGUUUCAUAGUCUGGGGUAGAAGCUGUUUCAGCCUUAAAAUCAAACUGUUGGGAGGUGGGGGAGGCUAAAGGAGAAAUUAUUUCACAAUUCGGCAUUAAUUUCCACAGAGGUCAAGACUCCAGUCAGAAAAUGGAAUUGGAAAAAAAAAAGUUUCCUACUAAAAAGGUACAGGGACAUGAACAUGGAUAUGGUCAUGGAAAAAUUGAAUUCACUAAUUAAAUCAGUGGAAGCUAGAAGAAACAAUCCAAUGAAUCCAAAGGUUGUCUAGGCAAGACGAUUCAUGAGGCCAAAAUGAAGCUUGGAGAUACAUGUAUAGGUCAUUGUUGGAAGACCUAUUCUUUGUUGCUUUGAGGUUUCAAAUGGGGUUUAAGUGCAUUUUCAUUAUAUAUCCUAACUGCCCCCCAAAUCGUUGAGAAACAUGCUUCUAAGCACUGAUGUGAAGACCUAGAAGAAUCGUAUCUAAUUCCUUAGAGAAGUUCUGUAGCUUGUUUUCCCUUAAGAUUGCUUUUACAAAAAAAUGUAAAAAACAUGGUAAGAGAAAAAAAAUGGAGGUGGGAAAGGUAUAAUGAUGUCAAGAUCUAAAGUUUUAAAUGCCAAAGCAAGGAGAUGAUGGUGAGCUACUGGAGUUUGUUGAAUGUGUGUAUCACAGGAAAAAAAUCACUUUGGCAACUAUAUUGCGGGUGGUACUAGAGUAGAGAUUAAGCAGGAAGUUAUUUAUAUAAUUUGGCAAGAGGUAAUAAAGAUUUGAAUGAGGGUAAUGGAUGUGUGAGUGGAGCAAAAGGAACAUAUAGGAGAUGUUAUAGAGAUAGAAAUGACGAGAUCUGGCCACUGAUUGGAUAUGUGAGAUAACAGUAAAGAGAUUUUGAACUUGGGUGACUAGAAGAAUAGUGAUAAACUACAAUAAUUGGGAAUUGCGAAAGGGAGGUUAAUUUAAAGGGACAGAUAAAAUUCUUUUUUGCUUUGUGGUACUUUUGUGAUGUCUAUGUAUUUACAAUUUCAAAUGUCCAAUAAGAAAUUAGUGUUGUAGGUCUAGGACUCAGGAGAAAAAUUGGGACUAGAUGGAUAAAUCUGGGAGUCAGUUGCAAAAAUAAAAUGGAACCCAUUGGACUCAUGGGAGUUACCAAGGAAGGGCAGAUAAAGAGAGAGAAGAGCCCAGGGUAACACCUUGAGUUACACCCAAUGUGGGAGUUCUGAAGCCUAGUCAGCAAAUGAGAUUUAGAAGGAAGUUAAACAUUGAGGGAGAGGAGAACCAAGAGAGAACAUUGCCACAAAAACCUGGAAAAGAGAGAGUAUCUAGGAGGAAAAGUCCUAGAGAAAGAUCAAGAAGGUUGAGGAUUGAGAAAAGAGCAAUAGAUAUGACAGUUCAAGCAUCACUGGUACUGGAUGCUGGGAAAUUAGUAAACAGGCUUGGCCCUAAAGAAUAUAUGUGAGAAGAUGCCUCCCCCAGGUGAUGUUAAAAAAAUUAUUUUAGGGGGUAGCUAGGUGACUCAGUGGUUAGAAAGCCAGGCCUGAAGAUGGAAGAUUCUGGGCUUAAAUCUGUUCUUAAACACUUCCUAGCUGUGUGACCCUGGGCAAAUCAUUUAAACCCCAUCGCCCAGCCCUUAUGGUUCUUCUGCCUUGGAAUCAAAAUGUUGAAACUGGGUUUGUUCUUAUCUGUGCAACCAAUUCUAAGAUGGAAGGUUGUUUUUUGCCUUGUUUUAAACUGAGCUUGAAUCACACAAAUAAGAGAGAUGGCUGGCAACUUUAUAUUUUGAUAAACAUGAGUCAAGGUCCUUAGAUGAGAAAAGGGACAGUGCUAGGGGAGGUUUGAGAAGAUUAAGUCUGGAACACUGUGGUGAAUGGGCUAGAGAAUCAAAUGGGGAAGAGUAAAAAGAUUGCCUUGCUGCAUUUAGAAUCCAAUUGAGAUUAGCUAAUGAAUUUGUAAUGGACAAAAUCGGCACUGUUGCAUGAUUUCCUCCAGCUCAGUUCAGAGUAGGAGCAGAGGUAGCUCCAUUGUGGGGAAUAAUCCAGCCUUAGGGCUUGGCUUGGAAGGCAUGAGCAAUAGUUAGGAAUUCAAGAGGAUAGGGAAUUGGAGUAGUUCCCUAAGGACUAGGGUAUUGAUAGAAGGGAGGAGGGCUUAGUAUGGGUGAUGGCCCAGUAAAAUACUGAGGAGUGGUGGUGAGGAGUAGAAACAUUAUCCCUAUUUUAUAAGUAACAAAAUAGACUCUGGCUCAAAAUCACAAAUGUAGCCAGUGGCGGAGUUGGGACUCGCAUGCAGGCCUGAUUUCCAAUGCACCAGGCUUUCCACAUCUUUUGUACCUUUGUUCAUGGGAUCCUCCAGUUUCAGGUAGCAGCUAGCUGGCACAGUGGAGAGAGUACUGAAUCUGGAGUCAAGAAGACAAAUUCAAAUCCUACAUCAGACACUUCCUAUCUAGGUGACCCUGCACAAGAGUUUUGUUUUGUUUUGACUUUUUUGCUUUGGUUUCCUCAACCAUAAAAUGGGUCUAAUAACAGCAUACAUGUGAAGACAAAAAUGAGAUAUUUGCAGUACUUUGCAGAACGCUGGCCACUGUAACUACUAACAUUAUGCAACUUGGCUGACUUUGUGCUUGUCUUCCCAAGUAUUUUUUAAGAUUCUUGAAGUGGCAUGGAUAGGACUGGACAUAUGGUAGAUGCCCAGUAAUUCUUUGAAUGGCAUGUGUAAGGGACAGUGUGUCUGUUUAUUAUGUCUGUGAGUGUGCAUGUGUCUAUUUCAGAGCAUAUGCUUACAAAUGUGGGUAUGUCAGUCUUAGUAUCUGCCCUCCGUGUGUGUGUAUGAGUUUAUGGAUCUGUAUGUCAACUAUGUGAUUUUAGUAUGCAGUGAAUGGGUGUAGUGUUGUCUGUGUGUGGCUGACAUUCAUACAAUGUAUUGGUAUUGUCUGUGUGUGGUAUGUCUGGGUCUGGGAUGUGCAUGCAGCGUUUGUGUGUCAAGUUUCUGUGCAAUUCAUCCAUAAGGGGCAGGAAAAGAUUUUUACAGUAUAUCUGGGUGUGGGAUAUGUGUGUGGAGGGGAGUUCUCAGUGUCUCUCUGGGGUGUGCCCAUCCGUGUGUGUGUGUGUGUGUGUGUGUGUGUGUGUGUGUGUGUGUGUGUGUGGUGUCUGUCUGCCAUGUGCCCUCUGUCCCUUCAUCUCCUCCCCACCCCCUUCAGCAUCUGCUCUGCAUUAGCUUGUCCCAGGCCUUGGCAGGCGCCAAUGAUUAAAUCACCAUCAUUAAGCUGGGCCUGCCCCCCAGCAGCAGGGGGAUGGGGGAUCACUGCCAGCCCCCCAGGAGCCCCUCCCCUUAGAGGUGCCCAGAGAGACUUCCAAUGACACUCCCCAUGAGAUUCCCUCGGAGAGAGGAGGUCUGUUACUGAGGGGGUUGGAAUGGAGAAAAGGAGGGAGGGUAGUUUGCAGAUGGGGGAAACAAAAGGGAGCAACCCAAAGGGAAAACACUGAGAUAUUUCGCUGAUGAGAAAGGGAAUAAGAGGGUGCGAUACCAAGGGGCAGAACAAUAUAAUAUGGUGGGUCACUGAGGGGAGUCAUUACUAGGAAGGGGGUAUCGCUAAUGGAUGCAAAUCAUCGAGGUGGGAAACAAGAUGAGGCCCAGAGGGCAACGCACCAAGGAGAAAGGAUCACUAAAGGAGAAGCCCUGGGUGGUGAUCUGCAUGCACAGUCCUGAAUUGUUAUCACCCUAAUGGCUAGGACAGUUUAUUUUCUUGUUUUGCCAUUUCUUCAUAUCGCCCCCACCCUGCUUAGGACAGUGCUUAGCACUUCGUCGGCGCUUAAUAAAUGCUUAUUGAUUCGAUCUAGAGGAAAUCUCCAGCAGAUAGGCAGCUUCAGUAGUGGGAGGGAGGGGGUCUUUGAUGAGGGGGGCCCCCUAGUGUGGCUCCUGAAGGGGGGGUCACAUGGGAAGAUUGUUAAAGUGGCGAUGCUGCAGCGAGCAGAGGAGGGGCAGGGGGGGUGGUCCGCCAGGGAAUCGGGAGAGUACGGACACACAGGACUACGACUACGCCCCGCGAGUCAAGGAUUUGGCCGCGGUCGAGCUCAGUCAAUCUUCGGCCCCGGAGGGCCCCGUUUUCGGGAGCAGACGUUCGCCAGGCGUAGUCCUGCCAAGGGCCCCGGCCCGUCCCAAAAGAUGUUCCUCGCGAGACGCCCCAGUCGUCCCGCUUUAGACUGCUAGACUGGGAAGGAUCCUCGGGGGGAGCUGCUGGAAGAGGAGACGCGGGUGCCCUUCCCGGCUGCGGCAGCCUCCGGAAGACGCAGGCACCGCGGCGUUCGCGGGGUCUGGCCCAGGGAUGUGCGGCCUCAGCCUCUCCCGGGUAGCGGGGCAGCUCGAAGCCCCCUCGGCUGCAUUGACGCCGAGUGAGGCGGGGCUAGGGGCGGGCCGAACUCAGGUGAGCACACGGGAGAGAGGGGCGGGGAACUGUGGGGCGGAGUACUGGGCGGGGCAACCAAUCAGAAAAGGCCUAGGCCCCCUGUUGCCGGGAGACAGGCCCCGCCCAGCAGGCGGCACCGGAAGUGGCUGGCCGGGCUCAGCCUUUAAGAUGGCGUCUCCUCAGGGGGGCCCGAUGGCGAUCGCGAUGCGGCUGCGGAACCAACUUCAGUCGGUGUACAAGAUGGACCCUCUGCGGAACGAGGAGGAAGUCCGAGUGAAGAUCAAGGACCUGAACGAACAUAUCGUCUGCUGUCUGUGCGCCGGCUAUUUUGUGGAUGCCACGACCAUCACCGAAUGUCUGCACACAUUCUGUAAGAGUUGCAUAGUGAAGUACCUGCAGACCAGCAAAUACUGCCCGAUGUGCAACAUAAAAAUUCACGAGACCCAACCACUGCUCAACCUCAAACUAGAUCGGGUCAUGCAGGACAUCGUAUACAAGCUGGUACCCGGCCUUCAGGACAGUGAGGAGAAAAGGAUCCGGGAAUUCUAUCAGUCACGAGGCCUGGACCGAGUCACCCAACCCACUGGGGAAGUCACCGUGUCUUUCCUAGAACCAGCCCCGGGUACCCUUGGCCUCCCCUACAACAGCUUUGACCAUUCAAAAGCCCACUAUUACCGUUAUGAUGAGCAGCUCAGCUUAUGCCUAGAAAAACUAAGCUCUGGCAAAGACAAAAAUAAAAGCAUUUUACAGCACAAGUUCGUCCGUUGUUCUGUCCGAGCAGAGGUUCGACAUCUCAGGAGGGUCCUGUGUAGACGGCUAAUGCUGAGUCCUCAACAUGUACAGCUCCUAUUUGACAAUGAAGUUCUCCCAGAUCACAUGACUAUGAAACAGAUUUGGCUUUCUCGAUGGUUUGGCAAGCCUGCACCCCUGCUCCUGCAUUACAGCGUAAAGGAAAAGAGGAGGUAGAAGCUGGCCUCCCUCCCCCACCCCAGAUAUUUAUGUGAGACCCACAGCGGCUUUAUUUUUGAAAUAAAAGCUGAAAAAGCA